CGAGCCGCAGGCCCCGCCCCUCACGUACUAGGGGCUCGCGGGGCCCUCGCUGGGCGGAUGCAGAGUCGAGCGCCCCGCCGAUCUGCACCGCCUGCGGCCGCCUAGCCCGGCCCCGUGGUGUGCUCGGCCCUGCGUCCACAGAGCGGCGUGGGAGGUGUGGCCCGAGCGGCGCGGGCCGCGGACCAGGACUGCUCGGCCGCUUCCUCCCGGGAGGGCCGCUCAGACCAUGUCGCCCGAGGAGUGGACCUAUCUGGUGGUUCUUCUUAUCUCCAUCCCCAUCGGCUUCCUCUUUAAGAAAGCUGGGCCUGGACUGAAGCGAUGGGGGGCAGCAGCCGUGGGCCUGGGCCUCACGCUCUUCACCUGCGGCCCCCACACUCUGCACUCGCUGGUCACCGUCCUGGGGACCUGGGCCCUCAUUCAGGCGCAGCCCUGCUCCUGUCACGCCCUGGCCCUGGCCUGGACCUUCUCGUAUCUGCUGUUCUUCCGAGCCCUCAGCCUGCUGGGCCUGCCCACGCCCACGCCCUUCACCAACGCCGUGCAACUGCUGCUCACACUCAAGCUGGUGAGCCUGGCCAGUGAGGUCCAGGAGCUGCACCUGGCCCAGAGGAAAGAGAUGGCCUCUGGCUUCAGCAAGGGGCCCACGCUGGGGCUGCUGCCCGAAGUGCCGUCCCUCAUGGAGACCUUCAGCUACAGCUACUGCUACGUGGGAAUCAUGACUGGCCCCUUCUUCCGCUACCGCACCUACCUGGACUGGCUGGAGCAGCCCUUCCCGGGCGCCGUGCCCAGCCUGCGGCCCCUGCUGCGGCGCGCCUGGCCGGCGCCGCUCUUCGGCCUGCUCUUCCUGCUGUCCUCGCACCUCUUCCCGCUGGAGGCCGUGCGCGAGGACGCCUUCUACGCCCGCCCGCUGCCCGCCCGCCUCUUCUACAUGAUCCCGGUCUUCUUCGCCUUCCGCAUGCGCUUCUACGUGGCCUGGAUUGCCGCCGAGUGCGGCUGCAUUGCUGCCGGCUUCGGGGCCUACCCCGUGGCCGCCAAAGCCCGGGCCGGGGGCGGCCCCACCCUCCAAUGCCCACCCCCCAGCAGUCCGGAGAAGGCGGCCUCCCUGGAGUAUGACUAUGAGACCAUCCGCAACAUCGACUGCUACAACACGGACUUCUGCGUGCGGGUGCGGGACGGCAUGCGGUACUGGAACAUGACGGUGCAGUGGUGGCUGGCGCAGUACAUCUACAAGAGCGCACCUACCCGCUCCUACGUGCUGAGGAGCGCCUGGACCAUGCUGCUGAGCGCCUACUGGCACGGCCUGCACCCCGGGUACUACCUGAGCUUCCUGACGGUGCCGCUGUGCCUGGCGGCCGAGAGCCGGCUGGAGUCGGCGCUGCGCAGGCGGCUGGGCCCGGGCGGCCAGCAGGCCUGGGACUGGGUGCACUGGUUCCUCAAGAUGCGCGCCUACGACUACAUGUGCAUGGGCUUCGUGCUGCUGUCCAUGGGCGACACGCUGCGCUACUGGGCCUCCGUCUACUUCUGCAUCCACCUGCUGGCGCUGGCCUGCCUGGCGCUGGGCCUGGCGCUGGGCGGAGGCGGCCCCGGCCGGAGGAAGGCAGCGCAGCCCCAGGCCGCAGAGAAGCUCCGGGAGGAGUGAG